AUGGCGUCCAGUUUCCUGCUAAAUCGCGGCAUUUCUCUUGCUGCAGUUCGUUCGCCUCGCUUUCUCCUGCGUAACCUACGAAAAGCUGAGUCACCAUCGUGGCUACGAUUAUUACCACAUCAAGCGCUCGUGACACAUUCGAAAUACUGCGCCGAUGUUCAUUCCUACCGUGCUCGCGAUACCUGGAUGCAUCACAACGCGGCUUUGGUCCGUAUAUUCCCUAGAAUAUUAUCUACGUCUUCCUCGAAUGAGUCGCUUGUGCAGACACUGCGACGUCUGAUUCGUUUAACGCUACACUUUGCCAAGCUGUUAGGUCUGGCGCUUCCACUGACUUUGACUGCUCCUAUUGCAUUCUCAGCAGGUACUGUGAUGCCAAAACUUAUUGAAAAAUGGUGGGGGCUAGCAUUCUGGCUGGCACAAUUUUCGUCGCCAACUCUAAUGAAAUUCUUACAAUGGGCAAGUACUCGUCGGGAUAUGUUUCCCAUGUCUUUUUGCGACCGAUUUGAAGCAUUUCAUGAACACGCGCCGAUGCAUUCGUGGAAGCAGACUGAAGAUGCAUUGAAAAUGGCAUUUGGUAAAGAUUGGAGGGACACUUUGGAAAUUGAUAGUCAACCGAUUGGAUCUGGAUGCAUUGCACAAGUCUAUCGAGGUCGCAUACGAGAGACAAAGCAGGAAGUGGCGGUUAAGAUUAUUCAUCCCAACGUAAAGGAAAUGGUGGCACUGGAUCUUCAGCUUUUGCAUGCGUUUGUAGCAAUAAUAGAAGCUGUGCCACUACUCCAGUGGUUAGGAGGAAAGGAUAGUGUCACAGAGUUUGCAUCACUCAUGGAGCGACAACUAAAUUUACGAAUUGAAGGUGAGAAUUUAGCUUUGUUUAGCAAGCAUUUUCGUCAUCGCAAAGGAAUUCGAUUUCCUGUCCCAUUGAUGGACUUUACGACAGAAAAUGUAUUGGUUGAAAGUUAUGAAGAUGGUUUGCACUUUAAUGAGAUUCUGGCACAAAUGAAGCCACCUCGCCGAAAAGCUGUGGCUCGAGUUGUGUUGGAAGCGUAUUUGCGGAUGGUUUUCUUAGAUAAUUUCGCCCAUGGAGAUUUACAUCCAGGAAAUCUUUUGUUUGAUGAACAGGAUGGUGGUAAAAACAAUUUUGUCUCACGUUCUGAAGCCAUUCGAAAUGCAGGUGUUGUGAUGAUUGAUGCGGGAAUCGUAACAAAGCUGGAGCCACAAGAUUUACGUAAUUUUGUUGAGCUGUUUCAUGCAGUUGCAACGGGAAACGGAUAUAAGGCCGGCGAGCUUAUCGUGGCUAGGAGUAAAGAGAGAAUUAGUCCAUCUGGAGAGAAAUUGGGAAUCAAAUGCACGGAUCUCAAUUCUUUCUGCACAGGAAUGGAAAAAAUUGUAAGCGAAGCCCUGCAGUGGCAACUGAGCUUGAAAAAAGUGCAUGUCGGAACACUUCUUCGCCAUGUAAUGGAACUUUGCUGUACUCACCAAGUGAAAUUGGAGGGAAAGUACGCAUCAAUUGUUGUCUCGAUUGCGGUUUUGGAAGCGGUGGGUCGGAAACUUGAUCCGGAAAUUAAUAUUCUGGCUGUUGCUCUUCCAAUCAUUACGCAAUCUCUUUUGAAAAACGUAUUGAAUUGA